CAUUUUAAAUUUGCUGGAUGAGGUAUAACAAUUGAAAACUAUGUUGUGAGUGAUAUUAGUUAUGUUACAGAGUAUGAAUGUAUGAUACAUGGAGUUGUGUAAAGUGUUUUGUCAUUAAAAAAAAAAAGGGUAUGUUUGACUCCUUCAAUUUCUAAUUUCAAUGCCCCUAGAUUUUGCAACAUUUUCAUAAUACAACCAAUAGGAAACAUAUAAUUGUCCUGUUUGCUCAAUUCUCACUAAUGAAUCAAUCAAUUACAUAAAUCAACGAUACCAAUAAUUAAGUUCCUUUAAAAAUAAACAUGAAAGAACGAAGAGAGUACACUCGUCCCCCAAUUCACAUACCAAUAAUGAAGUCCUUUCAAAAAAGAACGGAACGAGUAUACCCAUCUCCAAGUCACAUGCCAAAAGUGCAGCAGUGGUCAUCCCCCACGUUCUUUCCUUUCCCUUUCUUACCAAUUUCCAAAUAUACUACUCCUACUCAACAACCAUCCUACAGCGAUAAGCUUCACUCAAAUUAAUCUUAACCAUCCACAUAAACUAAACAAGAGUAAAACAGACAAAUGUCGACCAAAGCGGCGGCAAUGGCUGCAUAUCUAGCUGUUAUAACCGCCGCGAUUGGUGUAACAUCCGCCGUAAGUUACACCAAUCACACGGUGGGAGGACCGCCGCCAUCGGGUUGGUAUUUUAAUAGUACUUCCAGUAUAUCUUCUACUAAUUACUCCGUUUGGGCUGCCACUCAAACCUUCAACCUAGGCGAUUAUCUUAUUUUCAAUACCAACACUAAUCAAACAGUGGUCCAAACGUACAAUUCUAAUACUUACAACAACUGUACCUCCGAUGACUCUUCCGACAAUGACACCCUCGUCUUCAACUCGGGUGCCACCAAGUUUGAUCAGCCAUUGACCAUCUCCGUGCCACUGACUAAAGUGGGCCCCAACUACUUCUUCUCUGAUGCCGAGGAUGGGGUUCAAUGCCAACACGGCAUGAGGUUUGACAUUCAGGUUGGUCAAGGGUUGGGCCUACCCCCAAGCCUUAAUCAACCUCCACCUCCACUGUACACUCCUCCACCAAUGGCGGAGCCUCCCCCGGCUUUUCAAGGAGAAAGCAUGUACAACGGAGUAGAGAGGCUAGCUGAUGGAAUAUUUGGAGUUGCUGUGAUUUGGGCUUGUCUUAUUGUUUUGGGUUUGAGCUUUGUUAUAUUUAAUGGUUGAAGCAAGCCCAUAAUCGAAGGCCAAUUUUGAGGGGUAGUUUUAGGAUUUAGAUGUCGGUAAGGAGCCAUGAAAUUAUUGUUGGCGGGAGACACUUGUAUACUUUAAUUAUUUUCCUGAUGUGAUAGUGUGAUACCUCUUUGGAUUAAACUACGAGUAGAAUAAAAAUAAAAAUAAUAAUAAAAAAAAA